GCGCAACUCUGCGUCUUUUGGCCACGACCAUUUCUCAGUCACGAUCGUUGGCCAGUCGCAAAGAAACACUCAAACUGUGCGCACGCCAGCAGCAGACGCCAAGAAAAAGCAGAGCGAGAGAGAGAGAAAGAGAGAAAAAGUUUAACUUUCGUGUUGUAUAUAGUAAAAUUGCACCACUCCUUUCCCUCGACGUUGAACACAUUUAAUUUUAUAAGGCGUGGAGAAAGGCUCAACUUGGGAUUUGCAAAGAAAAAGAAACAUACAAAAAAAUCAAUGCGAGAAGCGUUUUAAUUUCACUAUGCAAAUGCAUUGACAUUCAUUCUUGGAAACUUCAGGGCUAUCGGGUUGGCAGCCACACUAAAAAGACCCAGGGCCCAAAUAUAAAACCAGUUCAAGAGCUUGCAGUUCACAAUAACAACAACAACAACAACAGAAACAGCAACAACAGAAAUAGCAACAGCUGAGAGACGGAGAGAGAGAGAGCUGGAGAGAGAACGGGCCGAGAGCGAGACGCAGGCGCACGUGCAGAAAGCGAGAGCGUAGCAGCUGCGUCUGCGUCGGCGUCACCUUCUUAAUUGGGACAAGAACCAUUUGUAGCAACGCAGCAGCAGCAGCAGUGCUUGUCAAACUGCGUGCGCGAGGAAAUGUUUGAAGUUGUGUGCGACAUUGCAUAAUUGUCACAAGCAAGUGUAACAAAAAAAAAAAACAAAAAAACCUAUCCAACUGCUAACAACAAUAAAAAAAACAUGUGCAAGAAAUCUAUAAUAAAAAUUGCCAAACUGUCAAUUUGUGUGAAAACAGCAGCAGCAACAAAACCAACGCCGCAUAAAUAAAAGCGCAGCUUUGUUCGCCCAUUGUAAAUGAACAAAAACAGCAACCACAACAAUAACAACAACCACAAACAACAACAAUAACAACAAUCGCAUACACCAAGGAGAAAAAAUUAGCAAUCAACGUACGUUUUUCUUUUUGGUAAAAUGUCCAAGCUGUUGAAAAUAAAUUCACUCUCGUUGCUGCUCCUGAUGGCAGCAGCGCUGCCCCCCCAACAACAACAACAACAGCAACUGUUGCCAGCAAAAAUAACAACAAACAGACUUUUUAAUGCAACCGACGGCGCUGGCACUUUCAUCGAUAACAACCAUAGCAGCAGCAGCAGCAGCAGCAACAACAACAACAACGAAGGCUCCACUGUCGCCUAUGAGCAACAGCAACAGCAACAGCAACAGCAACAGCAAAAGCAACAACAACAACAGCAGCAACAACAAACAUUGCAAUAUGCACAAGUAACGGCUUUAGAUAAAGAAGUAGUUGAACGUUUGAUCAAGCAAUGGGCGCCGAUUGUUUGGCUGGCUCCCGAGGAGAAAUUCAUGCCGAUGGGCGUCGAGGAGUUUUUGCAGCAUGUGCAUCCCAUCAUGGACAAGGAUCGCAGCUUUACGCCGGGCGUGCCCUUCAGCGAAUACUCAACGAAAUCGCAUUUGGUUACCAACGGUCAGGUGGAGGAUCUGCUAAAGAAUAAGCAAUCCUUCAUCUAUGGCCGUAAUCCCAAUGAAGCACCCGUGCCCAUUUACGGUGUGGUCACACUUUGUCCAGCGCCCCCAAAACGCGAGCCGGAACCACCAAUACCAUUAGUGUCAGCCAGCACCCGGGGUUCCUACAUACCCGUAUCGAUUGAUCCGCUCGAGGAGCGCAAUAAUACAGUUCGUCGUUCGUCUCGUCUGUUUCCGCUGUUCCAGCGCGUGAAACGCGAGGCGCCCAGCAGCAUGUCAGCGGAGUAUGCACCGCUCAGUGACUAUGAUCUGGUCAUGGGCGAGACGCAGUUAGCCGGCGCUGCGUUGCCAGAGGUCGCAGAGACUGUGGAGCAGCAGCAGCAGCUGGAACCGGAGCUGGACAAUGGGCUGCCGGUGAACAAUUUUAUAGCCAAUCUGGCGGACAAUGUCAAGUUUAGUGGUGGAGUCGAUCUCGAUGAUAAUCUCGAGGAUAACAACAUUGGUGAUUCGUCGGCGCACGAGAGGCAACCGAUGAAGGGACAACUGCCCGGGUUCCAUGUCACCUACUGGAUGUUCUAUCCGUACAGUCAGGGCAAGACAAUGUGCACGCUGAGCCUGGGUCCCCUGGGCCGCAUACCCUUUCCGGCUGUUUACGGCUACUGUUUGGGUCAUCGCCGUGACAUUGGCAGCCAUGUGGGCGACUGGGAGCACAUGAGCCUGUACUUUAACGGUGAUGCUGAGCCGCAGGCCAUGUACGUCUCGGCACACGAUGCGGGCGCCUAUUACGGCUACAAUCGGUUAACUGGUGCCUUUGAGUUUCGACGCCAGGAGACGCGCAAGGGCAUCCUGCAGCGUCCCAACUUUCCCAAAACGGUCACCACAUUCAAGAAUCAUCCGGUACUGUUUGCCGCCAAAGGCUCCCACGGUCUGUGGACGGCGCCGGGCAAGCAUCGAUUCGUUAAGGUGGCCCGGCUCUAUGACAUCAAUGGCUUUGGCACGCCCUGGAACACUUGGAAGGCCGUCGACAUCAGCUAUAAGAAUCUGCGCUCCUACGGUCGCUCCCUGGUGCCCGACUGGCUGACCUAUCGCGGCAAGUGGGGCAAUCCGAAGAGCAAGUGUCAUCCCUUUCGCCGUAUCGGCCUCAAUUUCUGCGAGUUCACGGACGGACCCACGGGUAUACCCCUGAAGGAGCCGCACUUUCAAUGCGGCUCCGAAUAUCGUUGAUUCUAGGCUGAAGAUUGAGAAUUGGAGUAUCCUGAAUAGCAUUAAGCGUAACUUUAGUAAAGUAUUUAUUGUGAAAAUCACGUCCUCCCCCCGAUGGUUGCCCAAAAGCAUUAAAAAUUACCUAAGAAAAACUGCACAGCAACUGUAAUCAUUGGCUAAUCCUUGAGUGGAAAUUGUUUGAUUUCUAUAGUAGCGAAAUUAAAGUUGCUGCAUUUGAUCUCUGAUUCCUUUUGUAAUACAAUCUUAUAUCAAAAGUA